UCUCCAGUAUGGAUUUUUUGGGUUUUGGUAGGUGUUACUGUUAAACAGUGAAAAAUAACAGUAAUGUCUGCUAAAAUUAUUUUUUAAUAAUUGCAAAGAACAGAGAUACACCCUUCUCCUCACACCUGACAAGGAUACAAUUCUGACGAAAUAAAUGCUGUGAUCAACAUUGGGAAUCUGAUGUCCUGAAACUGAUGCACUAGUUUACGGAUGUGGUAGUUGCAGUAGCUUGCACAAGUGUAAUGUAACCAGGUUUAUAUUUGUGUCUGUGCCAUGUCUCUCUUCAAGAGGUUACUUGGCGGUGACAGGAACAAUGAAGCACAGGGUAAAGGCGUGGCCCCUCCUGCUGGGAUGCAGGCAAUGGGACAGCAAUUGCAGCGCAAGUUUGCUAAAGGUGUUCAGUACAACAUGAAAAUAGUAAUUCGUGGUGACAGAAAUGUUGGCAAGAGUUGUCUAUUUAACCGUCUCCAAGGACAACCGUACAAAGAAGAAUAUCUUCCAACAGAUGAAAUUCAGGUCACCAAUAUCCAGUGGAAUUACCGUGCCACUGACGAUGUGGUCAAAGUGGAGGUCUGGGAUGUUGUUGAUAAAGGCAAGAAAAGGAAGAAAUCCGAAGGUCUCAAGUUGAAUAAUUCUGCUGAUGCUCCAGAAGAGCCAUGCUUGGAUGCAGAAUUUCUAGAUGUUUACAAAGGAACCCAUGGAGUGAUUCUUAUUUACGAUAUCACUAAACAAUGGACCUUCCAGUAUGUUGAGCGUGAAAUAGAGCGAGUGCCAAGCCACAUACCUGUUAUUGUCCUUGGCAACCACAAAGACAUGGAACACCAUCGGACUGUGAACGAGGACAAGGCCAGAUAUUUUGUUGAACAUGUUCAAAAGGAAAGACCUGAAGGAUCAGCCCAAGUACGGUACGCCGAGUCCUCUAUGAGAAAUGGUUUUGGUCUGAAGUAUCUUCACAUGUUCUUUAACCUUCCAUUCCUGCAAUUACAGCGUGAAACAUUAUUAAAACAGCUGGAGACCAACACACAAGAUUUAUUAUCAACAGUUGAAGAACUGAGCAUCCAUGAACACUCAGAGGAGCAAGACUACGACUUAUACAAUGCAGCUCUAACGACAAAAAGAAGGAAACAGCAGGAGAAGCUUGCGGAGAAAGUGCUGUCCGAGGCCAAGUUACGGCAGGACGAAGGUGGAAACAUCCUGUCUGCUGACGGCCAAAUAGUUCAAGGAGUAUCACGUUCAGCAUCUCAACCAUCCAUUUUGCGAUUGCCAACAACACAGUCCGAAGAAUCAACUCAGAAUCAUCCAACACCAGCAUUGCCAUCGACAGCAGCAAUGUCGUUGCCGUCGACACCAGUUGGAGACUCACCCCCCACACCACCAACUCAACCCACAGAGCAGAAACCCGGCUUCAUGUCCAGACUCUUCAAGAAGAAACCAAAGGAAGAAACACCAGAGAAAGAAACAAAAGCAGAAACUCCAAUUUCUGGGUCAUCUGAAGUAAUGGUAAAAAGUGUGGAAGACUUCAUCCCUGAUGGUGGGGAGCUAGACAGCUACUUCCUUGAUGAUACAAAAGACAGCAAUUCCACAGCAAAAGCACCAGAAGAAGGUAGCAGUGACAGUGAUGAAGAAACUGCCAAUCCGAUGGUUGCUGGUUUUCAGGAUGACCUGGACUCAGAAGACGAAGCUGAGCUGACACAUCAAAAAUCGGUGACUGUCACUUCCAGUGCAAAGAACAACGCUGUCACUUCCAGUGCAAAGGACAACGUAGUACUUUCUAGUGACGAAGAUGACAAACCUCAGGUGGCUGGAGUUCCGGUUGACAUUUCCAGCGAAGACGAUGUUGCAGAGGUUGUGGCACCUACUCGAAAACAAAACAAAAAACAUGAACAAAAAAGUUAUUCUUAUUCCCAUGAUUCAGCAUUGACUAUUACAGAAGCGACAGCGGCCGACAUCAGUGUGUCGGACUCUUCCGAGGAGGAUGCUCAAAAUGAUGUGGUGAUGCCGGCGAAGACGAGCAAUCUGCCAAGUCUUUCAAAUGAUAGAGAUACUAGUGAGAGUGACGCUAAAGAAAACGACAUAGACACAUCCACGCCGGAGGCGGAUAGGGUAAACAAGACUGACAAAGAGGCUGCUACAUUUGUCCCGAUAGAGGUUCCACAGGAAGAUCUUAGCAACUGGUUGGAUCAGUUUGAACAGAAGCCUCAAGAAACAAAACCUGUGAAACACACAAAUAAAAUUCGGCCAAAACCUGUAGAAGACAGUGAUGAUGAAGCCACUGGCACCUUAAAAGUGGCUGUAGGAUCAUCUGAUGUAGAGGAGGAGAUUAAAAUAACAGUGAAGAAAAAGAAAAAGAAGAAAUCUGAAGAUAAGGAUGAAACGAAAUCUAAAAAGAAAUCAAAGAAGAAAAAAGACAAAGAAAAGGAGAAGGAAAAAGACAACAAAGAGAAAAAUUCAUCAGUGGGUAAAAAAGAAAAAACAAAAAAGAAAAAACAGGCUGAUGAUGAAGAUUUAGGUGACAAACAAGAAAUGGAUGAUUUAGAGGCUUUUCUCGGCGAGCCAGAAAGUGGUGGUCUGGGUACAGAUUAUGAAACGUUAUAGCCUGCAAAUUUAAAUGCAACAUUAUUAUGGAAACAUGACAUACGAAAAACUAAACAGCAGACGUGUGACCAGAGAGUGUUUGGGGGUUGUGAAUGAACUUCAGAGCCAUUUUCUGCCAUCAUGAAAAUCCACCCUUUACAUUUCUGGUGACACCCAUGGACAGAAAUUGUUAUCAGUACUGUAGAGGGUGAGGGAACUAGGUAAAUGCCUUGGACUUCCAUAGCCCAUAAUCAAUUUGAAACCGAUGCUAAUUUAGCAUUUUAUAUCACUUGAUUAAAGCUACUUUCUUAAACAGUGUACUUCAUUGAUGCUUACGACAUACAACUGGUAAAAGGCCAUGGUAUGUGCUAUCCUGUCUGUGGGGAAAGUGCAUAGAAAAGAUCCCUUUCUGCAUUAGGGCUUCCUCUGAUGAAUAUAUGUCAGAAUUACCAAAUGUUUGACAUCCAAUAGCCGAUGAUUAAUUAAUCAAUGAGCUCUAGUGGUGUCGUUAAACAAAACAAACUUUUCUUCUUUUUUCAUUGAUGCUGUAAAUGGUUGUAAACUUAUGCUGAUGUGGGUCGUUUCAGAUUCAUUAGUAUUAUGAAUACUGCUCCUAUAUAGUUAGUCGUGGUGCUUUAUGAAAAAUAAACGUUGAUGGCAAAACGACCAAGAAAAAAACCACCUAGUUAAAAGCCUUCACUAUACAAAAGGGCAAGUGCAUAUUAUUUGUGAAACUUAGAAAUUUAGAUAAUGCAUGCAAUUCAUCAAAUCAUUAAUUUAAAAAUUAUAACUUUAAUAACUGCUGAAAAUUGCAUGCAUUUUGAGUGUCGGACAGGACUGGUGAAUCGGAAUUUAGUGGGUGUGGAUGUUUGGUACUGACAAGAUAAACUAAUUAACAAUCAAGGUGUGAGAAACGCUUCAAAUCCCCUAACAAUUGCAUAGUCCUAUUACUGGAUGUUAAAAUGAAAAUCUGAUGAGAAAUGAAAUUGGAAUUGUAACUAUAUUUUAUACAAACAGGGGCUUGACCUUUGAUGCAAAGAGAUGAAACGUGAACUUGUUCAAGCUGUCCUGAUCCUAUUGUUAUAUGUAAACUUUCAUGUAAAUUGGAUAAAAAAUUAAGUUGUUAGAGUGAUGAUAUUGUAAUUUCUAUUUUUAGUAAUGGUGACCUUGACCUUGACACAGACAGGUGAAAUGUGAAUUCAGUCAAGAUAUGAUCUUAUUUCUAUAUAUGAAGUUUCAUGAUUAAAUCGAAUGAGAUAUGAAUUAGAGAGUUGUAACAUCAUAAUUUUAGUAGCUGUGUCCUUGACCUUCAACACAGAGAGGCGACCUCUUUCAAGAUAUCAUAAUCCUAUUCCUAUACGAGAUGUUUCAUGAAAAUCUGAUGAAAAAUGAGGUCGUUAGAGCGAUGACUUAUUUUUAUUUUUAGUAAUAGUGACCUUGACCUAUGAUGCAGAGAGGCAAGACACACUCUUUCAAGAUAUCAUGAUCCUGUUCCUAUAUAUGAAGUUUCAUGAAAAUCAAAUGAGAAAUAAAGUCACUAGAGCAGGCAAGAUGCAAUAUCCCCUCAGUGACUCGUUUGCAAGGGUAUAAUUAGUUUUGAAUCAUGCAAGGUACAUAUAGUAAUGUUUUGUUUUUUUUCAUGCUGAGGCUCUGUUAGCCCCAAUAUAUAGCACAAAACUAACUUCAAUUUAAUACUUUUAAUUACUAAGGCUAUGUAACUUUCAUCAAACAGUACUCCGCUUAUGAUUGGUCAAUAUCGGGCAUUAAAUGUUUGUGUAUAAAUGGCUGAAAAGUUAUUCAAUACCAUACAAACUUGUUGUUGAUAUUUAUGACAAUGCUUCCAGGCAGAACAAAUGAUGGUAUUUAAUUUAGCUGUCCAUUUCUUCUGCAUGAGAACAAGUUUUUCAUUGCUGCAUAGUGCCAGCAUCUACAUAACCACCAUCAAUAAAUCGAUCUCUUUAGCUUGUAGACAAGAUCACUUUUGCAUACAUUUUGAUCAGUCAUUUUUAUUUCCAGCUUCAUUUAAAAACAGAAGAAAAAUAAAUUAGUGACUAAAACAUGAAGAAGCUUACGUGUAUUUGGCAGCAGUGGAUUUAUUCAUUCAUUCUAUGGAAUAUUUAUUAUACCGGUAACUGCCAAAAGUGUGAUAUCUGAUAGCAAAUGUACUGUACAAUAUUAAUAUUAGAUAGAAAGAAUCCUAUUGUGUGUGUAGAAUGGAAGUAAAAGUAGUCUAAGCAGGAUUACCCUGUGGAAGACAAUAGAUUAAUCCAGAAAAGCAAAGUAAAUAAUUAGUUUUUACUUUACUUGAAUAUUGAUUUGUUUCCAAUUAUUGAAAGUUCUAAUUAUCAAGAUUUAAAAAAAAUAAUAAUAAUAAUUGUAAAACCAUCUGGUCAUCAGGUCUUGGUUUCUUUUUCAAACAAUUGAUAAUCACAACCUCAAAUGGUUUUUAAACUUUUUAAUUUAUUUUAAUAUGUGCAGGCAUGGCAGAAGCAGGUGGACAUUUCAGGGUGGUGUUGAUGGAGAUCGAGGACGCAAAGAUUUACUACCAAUAAUAUUUUUUAUGUGAAUAAUUAUACUAGUGAUGAUUCCAUGCAAUGUGGCACCUAGAUUUCACAGAGGAUGCACACUUGGACCUUUUCUCCCACUCCAGUAAGCUCAACCUUGUGCAGUUUUGGAAAACAGGCAAAAUCAAAUUACGUAACAAAAUAUGAACAUCCAAAAAAAUUUCCUAAAAUAAUCCGUCUGCAGAAAAAGGUAAUAAACUUUCAGCAAGUAGGUUAUAUGCUAUCCCUUUAGUGAUGUUGAUUAUAAAGGAUUUCUUGCUGCCAAUUCUACUAGCCGAAAAAGUAGCCUUUGUGGUGACAACACAUUUUUAAAAAAAAAAUUCUCUAAAUAAAGUGUGAUCAUGACCUUAUGUUUGACACUUUGCAGACAUUUAUUAAUAUAACCGUUUUAUAUUGUUUUAUUUGUUUUUGUGUUUUUCUUCUUUUUUUUCUCUUUUUUUUUUUUACAGCCUUUCAUUUUUUUAUAUUUGGGAAAACCAAAUAUUUAAAUUGUUUUAAAAAGUAAAAUCAAAUAGCAUAGGUAAUUUGAGAUUUUAAGAAAUGCUUAUAAUAUUAUUAAUUAUGUUUUUAUUUUAUUUUUAAUUCUGCACAUAUUUUUCUAAAUAUAUUAUUUUAAUAAUAAUUCUAAUUGACAAGAAUCCUAGACGAUACGAAGUUUUGUUGCUGUUUUACCAAUAUCCAUGAAAUGUGUUUAAGCUGGCAAAAAUUGUAUUUACAAUACAUAAACGUUUUGCAUUUAGCUGUCUUUCUCAAAAACAUUUAGUGCUAUGUUCUGGUCAGGCAAUCUCUUCAAUACACUCAUGGAGAAAGUUCAAAGGCAAAUGUUACGGUUCAAAUAUGUGACAAAUGAUUUCUGUGACAAGUGUCGUUCAAUAACUGAAGUAGUAUUUUAAUCUGUUAAGAUGCACAUUACUUUUUGCUUAAAUUAAUUCUUCAUACCAUUAAUUAACAUAAAUUAUUUUGGAGGGGAAAUGUGCAUAUACAUGUAUAUGAUCUGUAUUUGUUAAGUGUAGUUUUGUAUAUAUAUUUGUUACAUUAUACUUGUUUAUCAAAGAAGAGGGUAGGCCUAUCUAUAAGCUAACACAUUUAUUUAUUUAUUUUCACUUCAGCAUGUGUUGUACUCUCAACUAAACAGGGUGUUAUACACCCCAACUAACAGUCUAUGCAAAUUAUAUGCUUAAAAGAUUCAAGUGAAAAGAAUGGAAAACAUUUUUAUUUUAUUUUCAAAACUAUUAAAAAUAAUUUUUAAGCCACCUAGUUGGUCCUUUAAACAAAGCUCACUAUCUCUAUUGUCAAAAUAGCCCAUUUUUAUAUGAAGUGGCUACAACAUUGAGUAUUUGGCUAAAACAAAAUUUAAAGUCAUUUUAUAUUUUUCAAAGAAAUACUUAACAUAUCUAAAAAUUGACUGAAACAAAAUUAUGCCCAGUGCGAGCCCUGUUAAAUAUAUUUAAUAUUAUUUUCACAGACUGAUGUAAGUUGACACAAAAAUAUUCCAUAUCCAUAUUUCAAAUAAAUACUGCAAUUUUAGUCUUCAAACAGGAUUGUUUUAAAAAAAAUACAUGAUAUUGAUUGAAUCUAUAUGUUACUUUUGUUUAUGUUAAAACAUGGUGUUACCUGUUCUGUCAUAAAAGGAAUACAACAGGGUAUGACAGGUUUAUUUUCAUGGUGUAUAAUUGCCUGUAACUUUGGUCAUCACCUGUUUCGUUGUAGCAGUACAUAUUUUAUUUUAUCCAUUUUAUGUUGACCAUGUUUGUUGAAGAUUGUUGAAAUUCAUAAACUUAAUAAAUUGUAAAUAAAUUAAUAUAUUUCUUG